AUGUAUGAAUUAUAUGCUGAACGAAUGGGUACAAAUAUUGGUCGAGUACCCACUGCGUCUACUCUUUCUGCUGAACUUGAAGAAGAUGAUGGUGAAAUAUUUAAUUUAUUUCAAGUCAAUGAUUUAGGUUAUAUUACUGAUAAUUCACUUUUAUUUACAAUAUUUCUUUUGGCCAGGCUGGCUAGAGCCUGCACACACAUCUUUGAAAACCUGGGUUGGAAUUUUUUUCACAACCAACUCAAUGAGUUGUUGUCGGCAGUGGUGUGUGAUUGGUCUCUUGGCGAUGGUGGUGACAUGCGGUGGUGCUGUUGGCUGGUUUGGGGACAAAGAUGGUGGGGUGGGGGAGAUUCGAACUUGAGCGGUUUUGUUCAACUUGCAAAGAAUGUGACCAGUAAGAUUGUUGAGCUCUGUGGCCUAAAGGAAGACGUGAAGAAAAAAGUUCAGUCCAUCAUUGAUAAAUUUGCUGACCGUGGUCUUCGCUCUCUUGCUGUCGCUAAACAGACCGUACCAGAGAAGUCUAAGGAGAGUGCAGGAUCGCCCUGGAUAUUUGUUGGUCUCCUGCCACUUUUCGACCCUCCAAGGCAUGACAGUGGAGAGACCAUUAAGCGCGCCCUUAACCUUGGUGUCAAUGUGAAGAUGAUUACAGGUGAUCAGCUGGCUAUUGCAAAGGAAACUGGUCGAAGGCUUGGCAUGGGAACAAAUAUGUAUCCUUCUUCCUCCCUACUUGGACAAAACAAGGAGGAGAGCAUUGCUCAUCUCCCGGUUGAGGAACUCAUUGAAAAAGCUGAUGGCUUUGCUGGCGUCUUUCCUGAGCACAAAUAUGAGAUAGUGAAGAAGCUGCAAGAAAGAAAACACAUCUGUGGAAUGACAGGAGAUGGAGUGAACGACGCACCAGCUUUGAAGAGAGCGGACAUUGGCAUUGCAGUGGCUGAUGCUACUGAUGCUGCCCGUGGUGCAUCAGACAUUGUCCUAACCGAGCCAGGAUUAAGUGUGAUAGUGAGUGCUGUUUUGACAAGCCGAGCCAUAUUUCAGAGGAUGAAGAACUACACAAUUUAUGCAGUUUCCAUAACUAUUCGUAUGGUGCUCGGUUUCAUGCUCAUUGCACUCAUCUGGAAGUUCGACUUCUCACCAUUCAUGGUUCUGAUCAUUGCAAUACUUAAUGAUGGAACCAUCAUGACCAUUUCUAAAGACAAGGUGAAGCCAUCACCAUUGCCUGAUUCAUGGAAACUGAAAGAGAUUUUCGCCACUGGAAUUGUCCUUGGAACUUACCUUGCAGUGAUGACCGUUGUUUUCUUUUGGGCUGCACAAGAAUCAGAUUUCUUCUCGGACAAAUUUGGCGUAAGAUCAAUCAGGCUUAACUAUCACGAGCUCAAUUCAGCUCUCUAUCUUCAAGUUAGUAUAGUUAGUCAGGCACUCAUCUUUGUCACUCGGUCGAGGAGUUGGUCUUUCAUGGAACGCCCAGGUCUACUACUUGUCGCUGCUUUUUUUAUAGCACAACUGAUUGCAACAUUAAUAGCAGUCUAUGCAAAUUGGAAAAUCCAAGGAAUUGGUUGGGGCUGGGCCGGUGUAAUCUGGAUUUACAGCAUUGUCUUCUACAUACCGUUGGAUAUUUUCAAGUUCAUCAUUCGAUAUGCACUGACUGGCAGGGCGUGGAAUACUUUAACUGAUAACAGGACUGCCUUGACAUCGAAGAAGGAUUAUGGUCGAGGAGAAAGGGAAGCACAGUGGGCUAUGGCUCAACGCACGCUACAUGGCCUCCAGCCACCAGAGACUUCUGAGCUUUUAAAUGACAAAAAGAGCUACCAAGAGUUGUCUGAAAUCGCUGAACAGGCCAAACGACGGGCUGAAGUUGCAAGGCUGAGAGAGCUUCACGCUCUUAAGGGUCAUGUCGAAUCAGUGGUGAAGCUCAAGGGUCUUGACAUCGAGACAAUUCAGCAACACUACAUUGUUUGA